AUGGCUUCGCCGCGCCGAUCGGAAGCCGACUCCCCCAGUCCGGCACCCGGACCGGGUUCAGGCCCCUCAUCCCCACCUCAUUCCGGUCCCGAUCCGGCCGGGUCAAUGUCAAGAAUUACAGCGGCGGCAGCAUCACCACCCACCACCGCCUCCAUCCCCCGCAGCCUCUGGCGCCUCACCAUCCCCCUCUACAUCACCCACCCCUCCCUCCCCAACACGCCCUUCAUAACCUCCCUGCCGCGGCUAUCAUACCUGUCUCUGCUCCUGCCCCGAAUCCGCGCCUUCCUGCCUCCAUCCAUCCCAGCCCCAACGAGCUUCCAGCACGAGGGCAUCGCGCUGCGCGCCCUACCGCUCGGCCUGCUCGUCGACCUGUACCAGCCGGCCCUCCCCUGGCGCCUGACGGUCGACCAGGGCGACGACUGGCACGUGGGCGACACGUUCCUCAACGGCGUCAAGGAGGCUGACUUUGUGCGCAACGGACACGCCAAGCAGAUUAUGGGCAUGAGCAAGGCCGACACCACGGCCCUGUGGAACGCCGUCCGCGACGCUGACUACCCGGCCUGGGCCCGCAUCAACGCUCGUCUGCUCAACCCCAGCACCCCGAUCAAGCACGUGCCCCUGCGCAUCUACAUCCCCACCAGUGGCGGCAGCACCACGGGGGCGCCGCCCGCCGGCUCCUUUAGGGUCAUGCAGACCCUCGUGCCGCCCAGGACGGCGAAU